AUGAUGGCUUAGCGACUUGAGAGUUAAGACCCAUUCUUCGUUCACUCUUUUUAUACAACCUGUAGUUUCUUGCUGCUUCAAGAUAUCUAUCUUGCCUGAAAAAUUAUUUUGCAGCCAUGGAUUUUAAGAACUGUAGUCCAUGGUUCAAGCUUUCUGUUCUUUUCAUGUUCUUUUCUCUCAAGUUCCAUCUGUCACUUGCUGCUGAUAGAAUCACUGCAACUCAACCUCUCUCCGGUGACCAGACCAUUGUCUCAGCAAAAAGUUUUUUUGAAUUGGGUUUCCACCGUCCAGGUAACCUCUCAAACUAUUACAUAUGCAUGUGGUACCAUCAAUCACGAGUAUCACAAAAGACCGUAGUUUGGGUGGCAAAUAGAGAGAUACCAAUAUCAGAUAGAUUUUCUUCAGAAUUAAGGAUAUCAGAUGGUAAUUUAGUUCUUUUCAAUGAGUCCAAAGUCCCAAUUUGGUCAACAAAGUUGAACUCUAAUGCCUCAACUUCUGUAGAAGCAGUACUUGGUGAUGAUGGAAAUCUUAUUCUGAAUGGGUCUGGUUCAUCAGUACCUUUAUGGCAGAGUUUUGAUCAUCCAGCCGAUACAUGGCUACCUGGCGCCAAGAUUGGAUUGAACAAAAUUACUGGAGAACCCACACGUCUUAUUUCAUGGAAGAACAAAGAAGAUCCUACACCAGGUCUCUUCUCUCUUGAGCUAGACCCAAACGGAACCAGUCAAUAUUAUAUCCUGUGGAAUAUGUCAAAAAUUUUUUGGACUAGUGGAACUUGGAAUGGGCAAAUCUUUAGCCUAGUGCCUGAAAUGAGACUGAAUUAUAUCUAUAACUUCAGUUAUUUUAGUAAUGCAAGCGAGAACUAUUUCACCUAUUCUUUGUACAAUAAUUCUCUCAUAUCUCGAUUCGUGAUGGAUGUUGGGGGGCAGAUUCAGCAGAUGUCGUGGUUGCUGCCUGCCAAUCAAUGGAAUUUGUUUUGGAAUCAACCCAGAGUGCAAUGUGAGGUUUAUGCUUAUUGUGGGGCGUUUGGCAGCUGCAAUGCCAAGUCCCAGCCCUUUUGUAAUUGUUUGACAGGUUUUGAUCCCAAGUUGGUAGAUGAGUGGAAUUCGGAGGUUUAUUCUGGCGGGUGCACAAGGAAAACAAAUUUGCAGUGUGGGAAUUCUAGUCUUGUUAAUGGGAAGAGAGACAAGUUUAUGGCAAGUCCCAGUAUGGAAUUGCCUGCAAAUUCACAAGUACUGAAUGUGGGAACUUCUCAAGAAUGUGAAUCAAACUGCUUGAGUAACUGCUCUUGUACUGCAUAUGCAUUUGACAACAGCAACAGCAACUGUUCAAUUUGGAUUGGAGAUCUCUUGAAUCUACGACAGCUUGCAGAUGGUGACCCCAGUGGAAAGACUCUCUAUGUCAGGCUUGCAGCUUCUGAGUUUUCAAGCUCUAAAAGUAAUAAGGGAGUAGUUAUUGGAGCGGUUGUGGGUUCGGUGGUGUUGGUAGUUCUAAUUGGUUUCGUUCUGUUUGUGAUCUUGAGGAGGAAGAGAACAAUCAGACCUGGCAAAGUGGUAGAGGGUUCACUGGUCGCUUAUGGGUACAGAGAUUUACAAAAUGCAACAAAGAAUUUCUCGGAGAAACUUGGUGGAGGAGGUUUUGGUUCUGUUUUCAAAGGGAUGUUGCCAGAUUCAAGUGUCAUUGCUGUUAAGAAGCUCGAAAGCAUCAGCCAAGGUGAGAAGCAAUUCCGCACAGAGGUCAGCACAAUUGGGACAAUCCAACAUGUCAAUCUUGUUCGUCUUCGUGGGUUCUGCUCCGAGGGAACUAGAAAGCUGCUGGUUUAUGAUUAUAUGUCAAAUGGCUCUCUUGAUUCCCAUCUUUUCUGUGAAAGAAGCUCUAACGUCCUAGACUGGAAUGCCAGGUACAAUGUUGCUUUGGGGACGGCAAGAGGUUUGACAUAUCUCCAUGAGAAAUGCAGGGAUUGCAUUAUACACUGCGAUAUAAAGCCAGAGAACAUCCUUUUAGAUUCUGAAUUUUGCCCAAAAGUGGCAGAUUUUGGUCUGGCAAAGCUUGUUGGCAGGGACUUUAGCAGGGUACUAACAACCAUGAGAGGGACUAGAGGUUAUCUUGCACCUGAGUGGAUUUCCGGAGUGGCUAUAACAGCAAAAGCUGAUGUUUACAGUUAUGGAAUGAUGCUUUUUGAAAUUAUAUCAGGGAGGAGAAAUUCUGAGCAAUCUGAAGAUGGAACGGUGAAGUUCUUCCCAUCUUGGGUUGCAAGACAAAUAACUGAAGGCGGUGACGUCCUUAGCCUACUAGAUCCCAGGUUGGAGGGUAACGCUGAUCAGGAUGAGUUAACAAGAGUUUGCAAAAUUGCUUGCUGGUGCAUCCAAGAUGAUGAAACACAAAGGCCAUCAAUGGGACAGGUAGUUCAGAUACUGGAGGGAGUCUUGAAUGUGAACCUGCCUCCAAUUCCAAGAUCUCUCCAAGUGUUUGUUGAGAACCAGGAGCACAUAGUUUUCUUCACAGAAUCAUCCUCUAGCCAGAGUUCACAUCAGGCACAAGGUAACACCUCCGCUGCUUCCUCACAGAACAAGAGCAUCACAUCAUCUGUUAGUUCCCAGUCUUAAGAGAAGAUCAAAGCAGCAAGUUGUCGAGCACAUACCUUGGAUUAAGUGUGUGAUUCUACUUUUUGUAUAUAAUGAAGCAGCCUAUAGUAAUUGUAAUAGAUGAGUUUUAUUGUCCUUGCUGUUAUUAACAAGAGUGGCAUGUGUAUUCAAUCAAAGGCCAGUUGGAAAAUCUCAGAAAUGCAACUGGUUAGCUAUGUAUGAUUAUUAUGGUUAGUUUUAGAAGUCUUCCUGGUUCUGUUA